CCAGGCAGUCAGGAAACAGGGCCGAGAGCGCCCACCAGGGGGCAGCAGGCCGCGGCCUACGGCGCCGCCGCGCGCGACGUCAGGGCGGAGGCCCCGCCCCGUGGUCGUGACCGUGGGCGGCGCGGGGACAGCGUCCUGCGCGGUGGGAACGCGUCGAGCCGCGCCAUGGGGGCCGAGGCCGCGGAGGCCCGGCCGGCGCUGCGGGAGCUGGUGCGCGAAGCCGAGACCAGCCUGCUGGAGUGCAAGGUGUGCUUUGAGAGGUUCGGCCACCGUCAGCAGCGGCGGCCGCGCAACCUGCCCUGUGGCCACGUGGUCUGCCUGGCCUGCGUGGCCGCGCUGGCGCACCCGCGGACGCUGGCCCUCGAGUGCCCCUUCUGCCGGCGAGCCUGCCGCGGCUGCGACACGAGCGACUGCCUGCCGGUGCUGCACUUGCUGGAGCUGCUGGGCUCCGCGCUGCGCCCGUCGCCAGCUGCCCAGCGCGCCGGCCCCAGUGCGCCAGGGGCCCUCAGCUGCCACCAAGCCUUCGGGGGCUGGGGGACGCUGGUCAACCCCACCGGGCUGGCGCUGUGCCCCAAGACGGGGCGGGUCGUGGUAGUGCACGACGGCAAGAGGCGGGUCAAGAUCUUUGACUCCGCGGGAGGGUGCGCGCAUCAGUUUGGGGAGAAAGGGGACGCUGCCCAGGAUGUCAAGUACCCCUUGGAUGUCACCGUCACCAACGACUGCUACGUGGUUGUCACCGACGCCGGCGACCGCGCCAUCAAAGUGUUCGACUUUUUUGGCCAGAUCAAGCUGGUGCUCGGGGGCCAGUUCUCCUUGCCCUGGGGCGUGGAGACCACCCCGCAGAACGGCGUCCUGGUCACUGACGCCGAGGCAGGGUCCCUGCACCUCCUGCAAAUCGACUUUGCCGAGGGGCUCCUCCGCGGAUCGCAGCUCUUGCAGGCGUCUCUGUGCAGCCCUCGCGGGGUGGCCGUGUCCUGGCUCACCGGGGCCGUGGCCGUGCUGGAGCGGCUGGCCGGCAGCGCCAGGGUGAAGGUGUUCAGUUCCAGGAUGCAGCUCCUCAGCCAGGUGGACACCUUUGGGCUGAGCCUCUUCCACCCUCCCCGGAUAGUCGCCUCGGCCGUGACCUUUGAUCACCAGGGGAAUGUGGUCGUCACAGAGACCUCUGGUCCCGCUGUCCUGUGCCUAGGAAAACCCGAGGAGUUCCCAGUCGUGAAGCCCAUGAUCAGUCACGGGCUUGGCCACCCCGUGGCGCUGGCCUUCACCAAGGAGAAUUCGCUUCUCGUGCUGGACUCUGCAUCCCACUCUGUCAACGUUUAUAAAGCUGACUGGGGCUGAGGGGGUGUCGGGAUCCCGGAGCUGCCGCGAGUGAUCUGCCUAACCCUGCAUAAGUCCCCUCUUCUCAUCCAGGCACGCAGGGAAAAUUGUAACUGCCUGGCAGGCUCAGAAAAGUUGGGGGCAAUUAUAAGGAGUAAUUAAAUCUACCAUUUAUUGAAUGCUUACUCCCCAGUGCUGAGAAAUUUGUGACUAUUGGAUCAUUUAAUCCGGGAUGCCCGGUGAGGUAAUGUCUAAAACUCAUCCUAUCUCAGAGAUGAGAAAACUGAGACCCAGAGAGCUUAAAUGACUUCCCCAAGGUCACAGUUACCUAGGGGACAGUCAGAGUUUGGCCUCAAUCCUGGUUUCAAAACCCCUUGCUCUUAAAUAAUAGAUGUGAGUAGAUAUGGUUGCUAAGCGUGUUUGCUCUACAAGUAGCUAAGUAGUUAGAUGCACAAAGAAAGGAGACUUUGUAGAGUUCAGGAGAAAAAGGAUUUUGUGAUGGGCAUCAGCGUGUCAACUUGCAGUCCCUCUGACGGAAUAGAGGUAUGUGAGCAGGAAAAACAGCAGACCGUGUCUUUUAGUGCCUGUCUCUCCCCUGUAGGCACUCAGGAAACGCACUGUUGUCUGGUUGAGAAAGGCUUGUGUUGGUGGAGACAGUGCCAGAGGGUGGGCCGAAACUCCCGUUCUCUCGUUCACCACGAUAGGUUCAUGGCAGAAGUGAUUUGCUGGCCAUUUUAUCAUCAGUGGGCAUCGGAAGCACGUUGCAAUGGGGGCUUUUCUCUGUGCAAUUUAAAUUUCAUCUCUGCCUUGCAAACAUUGUGUACUCAAUGAACAGUUCCCCUAAUCCUUUUAGGCCCCUGGUAAACACUUAAAUACUUCUUCAGUUGAAGUGUAGCCUUGACCAAGCUAAUACCAGCUUAAUGUUGAGACUGAGUAAAUGAAUGGGUGGAAAUUGCAAGGGAAGAGGCGGGUUCUUUCUAGGGUGUGUGUUUUUAGCUAGCGCAAACAUCUUAGAGUUUAGGGCUAGACGAAUAGUAGCAAAGAACCAGCACCUCAACAGCAGCAGAAGUGGUUUCUCAGGGAGGGAAUCAUUUCUCAGUGAGAGUUUGCUCUAGGUGAAAGCUGAUGAUUCUCAACAAAGCAAUAUUCCGUUUAUACGGAGUUUUAAUAGCUAUGUACAUGCUAGAGACAGUUUCCAAAUUAUGAGUCAUGUAUGUUCCAAAGAUUGUAAUUCUGUCUUUUGGAGCUAAAAGUGAGAGCAUGCUCCCAUGCCAGUCCCAAAAGCCCGUUUUGCCUUCAGUGUUCCUGCCAUGUAUUACUAAUGGUAAGACGUCAGCCACGUUGGCCCACCGUUUGUGAAUGUAUUCCAAGGAGGAGUUUCAGGGGCAGAUCAAUCCUACACACACCCCUGUGAAGGUACCCUUAGGUUGAUGGCAUCACAGAUACUCUGAGGAAAAGCUGGAGACGUAAGUUCAGAUUUGAUAGGACAACCAAGAAUUGAUCUUAAAACAUUUUCCUGAGGAACACUGAUAUUACAGAGUCUCAGGGUCAGUUGAGUCAGUUCAAGAGAUACUCUCUUUGGAAUUAGCAAUGACAGCAUCUGUAACUAGUUAGUUGGCCCUCCAUACCUAGGGGUGGGUUCCACGUCCAUGGCUUCAACCAACCUACAUAGAAAAUAAAUGAAAGGGCCUGUGUUGUGGUUUUAACAAGUUAAGCAACUGCCUGCUAUGCUGGCAUCCCAUGUGGACACCGGUUUGAGUCCCAGCUGCUCCAUUUCUGAUCCAGCUCCCUGCUAAUAUGCCUGGGAAAGCAGCAGAAGAUGGCCCAAGUGCAUGAGCCCUUACACCCAUGUGGGAGACCUGGAAGAAGUUCCUGGCUUCAGCCUGACCCAGUGCCAGCUGUUGCGGCCCCUUGGGGAGUCAACCAACGGAUUGAAGAAGUCUCUCUGUUUCUCCCUCUCUUUCUCUGUAACUCUGCCGUUCAAAAUAAAUAAAUAUUUUUAAAAAAGGUAAUCUAGAGAUGAUUUGCAGUAUGCAGGAGGAUGUACACAUUGUGAAUUUUUUUAUGGGGGUGGGGGUGUGUGUGUCCCAGAACCAAUCUCUUGAGGGUGCCAGGGAACGAGUGUGAAGCUGUGCCUACACCAUGUCCAGACAGCACUCACGGUAAAGCAGUGGCAGAUGCAGCACACAUGGAGAGAUGUGAGCAAGGUUACUGGGUAGAUCACCCCACCAGAAAGGUUGAGCACGAAGGGAGGUGAUGUGGGUGUGUAUCAGAGAUGUGACAACAAGCAACCUUGUUAACCGCUACCUCUCCUCCCCAGGUUAUCAGGCUUGGCAGUGAGGUGGACAGUUUAUGCCUUGCAAGGUCCAUAGCAGCUCUCCCCAGGAAUGCAUUCAUGAUGCAGGAGCUGAGUGUCCCUGGGCAGGGCACAAAGCUCAUUACUCUAGCUCUCCAAGCACACACGCACUAGGGGGUAGUUUCACACAUGGAAGGCAGGUAUGAAGUUCUGAGCUGUGUUCUUUAGAGCAAGCUUGUUAGAGUUCUUGAGACUUGUCACCCUGAAGUUCAGGUUAUUGAAGAAAUUGGGGGGUUCUGAGAUAAGCAGGAAGAAAUAAUCCCAGUAAAAAGCAAAAGGUUCCCAGGUGACGGAGGAGAGCAGGAAUGACUCUCAGCAACCGAGGCAAAAGAAUGCGACCAGAAACAGAAGGAGAAGGAAAGAAGCAGCCCUUCCCAAACAUCUACCAUGCGCUACCUGCUGAGUCCAUACAUGCAGACACAGCCUUUUGGCCACUGCCUCAGCAGUGCUUACAUCACCCUCCAUCUGUUCCACUUUUGCUCAGUUCCCGAUCUUUGGGUUACUGCCUGUCUUUGACCUUGUUCUGCCCUGUAGACUUGCCACGUAGACAUGGCUUUCCUCGUCUCUCUCCUUGGCAUUUUCUAAAGACCUUGGUUCAGAAUCAUUAAUCUCCUCUCUGGCAACUUUAGCUCUGGAUCCCAUGACCCAAAUCUCACCACCUGGCUACUGCCUUACCUAAAUUUUUCCCGAUACCCCUGCUAAGUGGGGUGCAGACCCCUCAGAAGUGAAUUAUGCACCUUUUGAGGAAGAAGCAUUAUGACAUGCACCUCAGGGAAAAAGAGGAAGAACCACUAUUGAUAGCAAAUUUAACAAUCUCUACACCUGCUACAGAAAGAAGAAACACUCUCGAGGUGAAUGUCCCGCUGAUAGAAGCUAUGCAGGGGAGGCGUAUCAUGGUGUAGCAGGAGAUGACUAUUGUCUUGAAGAAAUGAUAGAAAACAUAAUAGAGUGCCAACACAGCUGUGGGGAGCAACUGGGAGCAACUCGGACUAGACUAAGUUACUGGAAUUAAGACUUAUUCUAUGCAUCUGCUCUUCCACAAUAUGGCGCUGGGAGAGGAGUAAUCAGCUUCUACACAGCUGCCUCCAGUUCAACCAAUAAACUGUAGGACCUGCUCCUGAUUGGAGGAGAGCAGCGUACUUGGCGUGUGGGUAGCAGAGUUGGGAUUGGCGGAAGAGGACUAUAAAGGAGGAGAGAGACAACAUGCACCAGGAACAUCUAAGGGGAACAUCUAUCUGAAGGAACACCUGUGCAGCCCCCGAGAGAGCCGGCCGGCGGUGUGCCGCUCCCCCGCGGAAGUGGGGAAAGUGGCAGGGAGAACCGCCCUUCCACGGAGGUGGAAGGGUCGGUAGCCAACCCGGGAAGAACCAGCAGCAAACCCAGGGAGGGCCGAGCAGACAAAAGAACAGCGCAGGGUCCUGUGUCAUUCCUCCACGAAGAGGGGGAGCGACACACAGCCACUGUCCUGGAUAAUCAUAGGUCUGCUGUGUUCACAGCUCCUUACAGGGAAAAACACCCGUCCCACCAGCCAUGUCCAGGAGCCAGUCCUCAGCAACCAAACUCAACUGCAGUAGCCCCUCCAGCAAUAGCUGCCUGGUUAGGUGUGUGCAUCUGACCCCAAAACAGCCCCACUCUGAGUGAUGCCCCAUUAAGUGUACUAAUGAGACCAGGAAACCGGCUAUGCAUUGGCAUGGGGUGAAUAAGCUUUCCUAAAAAAGGGCAAGGAGAUCCAGCUGGGUUCUUGGGACUUUUUAGAAAUAUGGGGCACAUUAGGAAGAUGGCGGCCUGAAGGGUGCUGCUAAUAGGCUCCGUGAGAGGGGCACAGAGGGUCCCUGUGAGCAAGCCAAACCAUGAAUAAGAGGAGGCUGUGAGGCAGGGGACAGACCCAGCGGCAGGAGUCCAGGUCAGAAUGGGAGAGCAAAAUGCAUCCAGACAAGCUGUAGCUUAGGGUUGUGUUACCACCAGGGGCCAGCUCAAGGAUCCCUCCUGCUGAGGUCACUGGAGCUGCACUGACUUCUCUUUGCCUUUCUGCCAGGCGCAGGUGCACUUUGCUUUCUCUCCUUGAAGUCCCAAGAACUCUCUCUAACAUUGUAUGAGCCCUGGUACAGAUGAUUCUCCACAUAGGAUAGUGGGAUAUCCUGACAAACCCGUGGUAAGUUGAAAACAUUGUAAGUGGGAAAUGCACUGAAUGUACCUGACCUCCCACACAUCCUGACUCAGCAACACAACACACUGCUCCCUCAUGACUGUGGGGGCUGCCUGGGGGCUACGCUUGCCUGCCACUGCCCGGUAUCACCAGAGAGGAUGGGAUCUCACAGCACUAGCCCAGGGAAAGAUCCAAGUUCCACCUUCCAAGUAUAGUUCCUAAUGCCUGCAUAUCAUUCUUGCACCAUUGUGAAGUAAAAAGAAAUUUUAAGUGAAACCACCCUAUGUUGAAACCAUUUGUACUAAAUACUCCCUUGCUUCAGCUAACCUAAAUUAUUUUUUUUUUGGCAACAGAAAGGGCCUAACAAAAGUUAUAGUAUUUUUGCUAAUCUAUUUGGAGAAAAUUGGACUUAAGUAUAUUGAUCUUAAUAUCAUGAGUUAAGAAUCUUGGGACUGGCAUCGUUGUGUAGCUUGUUGAGCCACUGCUUGCAUAUGGGAGGCGGUUCAUGUUCUGGCUGCUCUACUUCCGAUCCAGCUCUCUUCUAUUGCACCUGGGAAAGCAAUGGAAAAUGGCCUGGGCCUGGACCAGCUCCAAAUGUUGAAACUAUCUGGGGGAGUGAACCAGUAGAUAGAAGAUCUCUCUGUAACUCUGCCUUUCAAAUAAAUAAAUAAAUCUUUUCUAAAAAUCCUAAUUCUAUGGAAAGAAACACUCUCCCAUCAAUACAUCCCUCACUAAUAUUUGUGGGACAAGAUAGAGUACAGAUCAAGCUCACAAACCACAGAUCUAAGUAUUUAUGAAUUACAAAUCAAGUCAACAAGCUGUUCAAUAAAAUUCGUUCAAUUACCCUACCUUGGCCAAGGCAAAUACAAAUACUAAGAUGUACUUUUGGGGUGGGCAUUGGAGCAGAGGUUAAGAUGUUUCUUAGGAUGCCCACAAUCCCAUACUGGAGCGCCUUGAUUCAAAUUUUAUCUGCUUCCAAUUCCAACUUUCUGCUAAUGCUCACCCUGGAGCCAGAAGGUGAUAGCACAAUUAUUUAGGUUCCCGCCACUCAUGUGGGAGACCCAGGUGGAGCUUUGGGCUCCUGGCUUUGACCUGCUGUUGUGGGUAUUUGGGGAAUAAAUCAGUGGAUGGAGGAUCCCUCUAUCUCUGUUCCUCUUUCUUUCUGUCUCUGUGCCUUUCAAUUAAAAUGGAAAGCAACCUCAAUGUGUUGAUUGAGUGGGUGUUCAAAAUUCAGUUAAGAUGUACUUUUUGCCAGAGUGUGGGCUCAAUUUUCUAUAAGAUCCUAUCUUUGUUGUGAAAUCGUCUAAAUAAUUUAUGAAUCAUGCCUAGUGCCAUCUCCUCGUGGAAUCGCCAUCCGUGGAAGGCUUCCUGUCAGGCUGUGACCUUCUCCCUUCCAGCCAGGUUCAGUCAUCACCCUCUCCGUCAUGGGGUGAAGGGCGGCUGCCUGCAGCUCUCCUGCUGCCACUCUGAGAAGUGGCUCCUGCCCUGGCAGCAGCAGGAUAGGAGGCUUCCUGUCUCGUGUUUGGGACUGGCCUUCCAGUGCGCAGGCUCUGUUAUGCUCCCAUCAGGGAUGACAGCCUUGGCUUUGUCCUUACUCCCAGCUCCAUCUUUCCAGUGUGGAUCAGACACCUUGGUCCCAGCUUUGUCCUAGCUUUGCUGCUUUGUGCUCCCUUCUCUCUACCCACAGCUGUGAUCCAAGCACUUGGACCAUCUUCCAGUGCUUUCCCAAGCACAUCAGCAGGGCGUUGUAUUGGAAGUGGAGCAGCCAGGACUUGAAUAGGCAUCCAUAUGGGAUGCUGGCGCUGCAGGCUGAGGCUUAACCAGCUAUGCCACCGUGCCAGCCCCUGUCUAAUGCUACUCUAGAUUAAACAUCCCCAGAAAUCCAAAGUGCUCCAAAAUGUAAAAACUUUUGAGCACUGACAUGACAUCACAAGUGGGAAAUUCCACACCUGACCUCAUGUGAUGGGUCACAGUCAAAAUACACAGAACUCUUUAAAAUAUUGUUAAAUUAUAUUCAGGCUAUUGAUAUAAGGCAUAUAUGAAACAUAAAUAAAUUUUGUGGUUAGAUUUGGGUCCUAUCCCCCAAAUUUCUUAUUAUAUAACAUGCAAAUAUUCACAAAUUAGAAAAAAAUCCCAAAUCUAAAACAUAGUUCUGGUCCCCAAAAUUUCAGAUAAGGGAUACUCAACUUGAGAGAUCAUGGAAGUCAUAAAGCUGAUAUUUUUGGACCAUUACAGGGAAAGAGGGAAUAAGAGAAUGUCAGAAGGAAAUGGAAUAAAAGAUUAUUACUGGGGUUGGCAGUGUGGCGUAGUGGGUUAAACUGCCACAUGUGAUACUGGCUCCACUUCCAAUCCAGCUCCCUGCUAAUGCACCUGGGGAAGCAGUGGAAGAUGGCCCAGGUCCCUGGGUCCCUGUUCCCACAUGGGAGACCUGGAGGAGGUUCCUGGUUCUUGGUUUCCAUCUGGCCCAGCCCUGACCAUUGUAACCAUUUGGGAGGUGAACCAGUGGAUGGAAGAU